AGCUGUCUUUCACUCUGUGAAGCGGGUUUCAUUUCCUGAUGGCUGCCGAGCGGUACACCCAUGGAUACCACAAAAGUGUAAUCGGUCAGCACGCCAGACGAACAGUGGAUGAUUGUGCCGCUUUUCUAUUACCUCAUUUGGAGCCUCAUUUCCACCUGCUGGAUGUUGGAUGCGGACCAGGGUCUAUCACCAAUGGCUUCACGGCGUAUGUGAAGGCGGUGUCCGGUGUGGAUUUCUCCGAGGAUCUCAUUGCUCAAGCAACUUCCGCCGGAAGCAAAGUGAACUUCCGGGUCGCAAGCGUAUACAAACUGCCCUACGAUGACAACACCUUCGACGUGGUGUUCGCUCAUCAAGUACUGCAGCACUUGGGAGAUCCCAUGUCGGCGCUGCGGGAAAUGGGAAGAGUUUGCAAGGUCGGUGGCUUGAUCGCCGUGAGGGAGGCAUCUUUCUCUACCAUGCACGGAGCCCCAAGUGCCACGGGCCUGCAGAAGUGGCGAGAGGUCUACCAGGCUACAGCCCGACGAAACGGCGGCGAGCCAGAUGCAGGCUUGUUUCUGAGGAAGUGGAUGCUGGACGCGAACCUGACAGAUGUCAGAUUUACCACCUCCACAGUGACGUACACCUCUGACGAGCCAGAAGCACAUGCAGGCUGGGGUGAAUCCUGGGCAGAGCGCACAAUGAAAACCUUCGGGCCUCAAGCAGUAGACUUUGGCCUUGCCUCGAUGGCAGAUUUGGACGAGAUGUCUUCCGCGUGGAAGCAGUGGGCUGCUGACAGCACAUCUGUUUUUGUGUACGUGAAUGGCGAGUCGAUCGGGCGCAAGAAGUGAAAUCGCUUCUUGAAGGGAGAGAUUACCAUUUAGGCUUCAUGCCCAAGCCAUUUGCCAAUUGCAAAUCCAUGAGGUGUUCGUCACGCACAUCCAAAACAGAGGAUCUGUUGCUGAUACUGUGCCAGUCGGAAC